AUGGAAGUAUACGUUAGAUUCAACGGUGACGCUGACCACGACUACGCUUUCCAAAUAAAUGAGGACGAUACUGUUAAAACCAAAAUUGAACCAAUCUUCACAGAUACCUCAAAAACAGGCUUGGGAAAUUUGAUGGUGCUAAGACCAACUAUUUUCCACAAGAGAGUUCCUUCCAAAUUUUAUAAAUCUAAUCACCCAGGUUACUUAUCCGAAGGUGCUUGUUUGCUGUUCGAUAAUGACGCUGAUUAUCCACAAUAUCUAGUAGAUUUGGAUGAAUCUAAACCUUUGAUAAAACAAUUAUGGCCAGGUCAAUUGAUUGUGCCUCAAUGGGAGUAUUCACCUUUCAAUGUAAUAGUUUACACCUCUUUAAUGUUACUUUGGUUAUAUACAGACCUACCUGAUAUGAUCUCUCCAACACCAGGUAUUUGUUUAUCAAAUCAAAUAUCAAGAUAUUUGGUGUUACCAUUUAUGGAAAUGUAUGGCUUGCCUGAUAUGACUCAAAAAUUAAAAGAUGAAAUCACAGUUAACUACAACACUCCAUUAGCUCAAAUCGCUUUUUUCGUAUUGCAUGUCAUUAAAGUUGCUAUUAUUUCUCUAGUCUUGAAACUAGGUAUUGGCAAUCCAAUUAGUUUCAACCCAAUUAAGAUCUUUCAAACAAGAAUCAUCAAUCUUAAUGAUCCAACUUUAAAGAAAACUUUGUUCAACAUCGGUUGGAUGGGUGCAAGAAGGGCUGGUUUCUACGACUAUCAACCAAAUUACUACAAUUAUAUCAUGAAGAAAUAUGGCGGUCCUGUAGCAGCUUACAAAGCAAAUAAACUAAGAACAGCAGCUCGUCCAGGCUUGGUUUUGGCUGAAGGCGAAGGUUUCCAAACUCCAUUAAAAGAUAGAUUCACAAACUCUACUUUCAAAACUAUGGAAGAAAAGAAAAAAUUCGUCUUAAGUGAAGAAUAUUACAUCGAAUUAGAGAAAAAUUUAAAAGAAAACAUAGACUUAUGUGAAGGUGAUAUAGGUAAAAUGAAUAACGAAAUUAGAAGAUUUAGAAGGUUCGGUCUUUAUGAAGUCUCUCCUAAAUUAAGACAAUUGGUAUUAGAUAGGAAGAGUGUUGAGCCAGAAGCAAUUAUCGAUGGUCUACCAGCUCCAACGAAACCAGACACCAAAGAAGAAAAGAAAGAGAAAUAG